GAUCGCCACAUCGGCCCGCGACUAGUUUGGCCUGAGCCAGCUGUGGAAAAGGGCGGAAGCGCGCUCUUUUAAAGUCUGCGCCGGUGGCCUUAUGCCACUUCCGGCGUGGCCAUGGCGGCAAACGCGACCACGAACCCGUCUCAGCUCCUGCCACUAGAGCUUGUGGACAAGUGCAUAGGAUCAAGAAUUCACAUUGUGAUGAAGAGUGAUAAAGAAAUUGUUGGUACACUUCUAGGAUUUGAUGACUUUGUCAAUAUGGUGUUGGAAGAUGUCACAGAGUUUGAAAUUACACCAGAAGGAAGAAGGAUUACAAAAUUAGAUCAGAUUUUACUAAAUGGAAAUAAUAUAACGAUGCUGGUUCCUGGAGGAGAAGGGCCUGAAGUAUGAAUGGAUUGCCUUGACUUAUGCUAGAUUUUGGCUUUUUAAAAAAACCUUUGAUGUUUAGAUUCUAUAAACUGAAGUUUCCGUUAAAAGGAAAUACUUUGGAGAUAUACACCCAUUUUUUCUAAGCUAAUCAUGGUUAUUUUGGGAAAGGAAGAGUUUUGUUUUGUUUUGUUUUUUUAAAGACAUAAAAUAAACAUGUUUUUGGUUAAAGGUGAUUUUAUUUAUUAUAUUGAAAGGUCUAGUGGAACAAAUAUACUUAUUUUGAUACUUGGUU